AUGUUUAAGAUCGCUACAGUACUGAUUUUAGUGGCAGCAAUUGCCAUCCAUGCAGCUCCCCAAGGACGAAGAGAUUCUGAUUUUAGACGAACUGAUGUCGGAGCACUUGAACCUGAGAGAGAUGAGUGGCAGUACGAGGAUGUACCUAAUGAAAACCAGCUAGAAAAUGGACAAAGAGGAAUUCGAAAGGCUUUCUGGCAAUAUGAAAUAGCACAUAUUCAGCCCAAUAAAAAAGGAUCCCGAGCGGGCAACGGCUCAAUUCGAGAGGAGCAGAAUAGUCAAGAGGAAACUCAACCGGAAGAACAGAACGAAAACGAAGAAGAACAAGAGGCAGAAGAACCACAGUCUGAGGAACAAGGGCAAGAAAAUGAAGAGACCGUUGAAGAACAGGAUCAGUUAGAUGUUCGUCAAGAUCGUGUUCGAAGCGAAGGUCGUCGGCAAAACAGUGGACGAGGAUCCAAUGAACGUAAUGGUAGGCGUGGAAGAGUUGACCAACAACGUAGCAGAGGCCGUCAAGAAGGUCGCCAGGGAGGUCGUCAAGAAGGUCGUCAGGGUCGCCGGCAGGAGGAAUCCCGAGAGUCUAAUCAACAAUCGAGCGAAGAAGCCGAACAGACCAACGAACCGGAGGACCAGAUCCAGGUAGAGCAAGAAGGUCUUGAAGAAGUCAAUCAGGAAGCCCCUCAAAAUGAUAGUCAGGAAAACACCGAAUCCAAGGGUAUUGCUGAUUAUGAAUAUACUUACGGUGUCAACGAUCCAGCAACCGGUGACCAUAAGGAUCAUUGGGAAAAACGCGUUGGAGAUCAUGUCGAAGGAGGGUAUAUUCUGGAACAACCAGAUGGCAAAAGACGAGUCGUAAAAUACGAGAGUGGUAAGAAAGGCUUCGAGACGAACAUUAUGCAAAUCGAACGGAAGAAGGGCCAUAAGAAAACUAAGAACGCAAAGAAGCAAAAAUCAGUAGCUCAUAGCUAUGCGUCAGUGAAGCAGAAUAAUUGA